CGUGAAUCGUGAUCAGUCACAACCAAUUCUUGAAAGCUAAUCGCAUAAUCGCCUCGGCAAGUCGUCCCCGAGCGGGGCAAAAUAUCCACCAGACUUUGAUUGGAGAAAGUAUUUUCCUUUGAGAAUCAAGUGUGUCUGCAAUGUUGGAUACAGUCAGCCAGUGGUGGGGCUCCUAGCGCUGCUGAAGCGCCACGUAUGUUUUGUGAACCAUAUUUAACCAGCUUCCACCUUCUUCAACCCCCAUUAACUCGGUUAUCCUGAUUCUAACCCGCUCUAACCUGCAUCGUUCACUUCCAAAGCUAUUCACUUUUUGAACCAUCAUUACCACGCGAACAUGGUGCGACGAUCCAGAAAACUUUGCACUCCCGAGAUUAUACCCCUUCUUGAAUCGCAAAGAAAGCUAUUCAGUGGGACGAAGGACGAUCUUCUUGAUUUACAGAAGGAGCAGCUUGCUCAUUGUCUUCAGCUAUGGCUAGUUUCCGAUUCAGCUUCACGGCAUGCGGCAAGGAAGAAGGCUCGAAGUUUUCUGUCUUCUGUUUAUAAUGACAGCGCUCUGGGUGCCGAUGUCUUUUUGCUAUGUGCCCUUGGAGUCAGUGUCACUCAACUGGGAACAGUGAACUCUAUCGAAGCGGUAUAUGAGAUAAGAAAAUGGUGGAAGCAGGUUGAACAUCCCGUUGGUCUGACAGAAACGUCAAGGGAAUAUGUUUUAGAACACAGCUCCAUAUUUGCGAUCUUGGAAAGGUCAAAGCCAAAACCUCCACAGGUGUUGGAGCACAUUUCGCGGACAACUCAAGCGCAGGGUGAGGAACUGAGAGAUAAACAACGCCAAACCAACGGUAAAUGUCUUUUCUUGACCAAGUCAUUAAAAUUCCGGAACUUAACGCUUCUAUAUCCAGAGUACACAUUUGAUCCCCAAGUUGUAGGAGCCGUGACAUGGCCUAGUGAGGGUCAGUACUUUCCCUUCUCGUUUACGAGACGCGAUAUGAUCGACAAACUCCCUGAACAAAUCCGAAUCGGUGUGAAGAACAGCAGAUUGUGGAGAGCAGAGCAAAGAAGAGGCGGCCUAUCGGUCACAAAUUGCUUGUCUCUAUAUCUUCCAGAGAAGCACGAUCAAGAUACUUUUCUGGUUGUUAGGAUGGGCUAUGAUGAUGGAUUCAAUCUUUCCAACAUUCUUGAACUUGGAGACCCAAGCGGCUUGGGGGCUGGCGAAAGUGAGCAUUGAUGCAGGCUAGUCUUGCCUUUUCUCAAACUUCACUCGUGCGAGGAGUAUGUAGCACACAUCGCCAGCAGACAAAUUUCUCGUCACCACCCCGUCUUUCAGCCCGAGACUUUCGACAAGGUUUCCUUCUCCAUUGAUGAUAUUGCAGGACUGGCCUUCGAACGUCAUAACCAUAUUUUCCUUUAUCUCAAGUCGCUUGUUUGAUAUUCUCUCCCAUUCUCCGCUCAGCGCUUUAUCUCCGACUGCUUCGGCCAUGGCGGCGACGUCUAACGCGAAAUUGUGGGCAGGAGAUCCGGUGGAAUGAUUUGGCAAGUUCUCCCGAGGAGUUGCGUAGGCAAGAAGGUACGGCGAGCGGAAUCUGGCGACUCUAAGAGUUAAGACCGGUGACUCAACUUUUGGCUGGAGACGACCCAGGAAAAAAAAAGAGAAGAAAAACAAGCACAAAACGCACAGUGAUUUAGAGGCGGUUUAGAUAAUAACGGAAAUUCUUCAAGGACACUUCGCUUGGAGAAAGAUCCAUCGGGUUUCACAGUCGUUAAAGAUGGCGACGGUGGUGGAGUGUCUUUUUCAGAUGAUAUUGCCAUCGGUGCCCAAAAGGAUGGUCCAACAUCUGCGCGGGGCUGAUGAAACCGGACCCCACCUUGCGCAACUCGCACCAACCAGAGCAUCAACCAGAGCAUCAGCCAAACAUUCAUCUUCCACCUAAAAUUGAUUCAUCCGUCCACUUUUUCUUGAUAAUGAGCCAGUGUCAGUCUAUCUCUUCCCGCAGUGCCAACCUUUUCUUCACGAAUUUGAACCAGAUGCCUGCGUGUACGUGACUAAUUCAAAUAUGGGGCAACACGGCCAAGCGCACGUGGAUGACGUAACAGUUGAGACCGCAAAAGAACCAUGUAGAACCAUUUUGAACCCCUUUAAUCGACUGGCAACCAAAGACAACCCUCGAUCCAAAGAGAC